GAACCAGAACCAGAACCAGAACCAGCAGCAGCUCAGAGGUUCCUCUCCUCAGCUCGGGUUGGACGCGGCCCUCCUGCUUGCGUCAUGCUGUGAGGAAGUGCUGAGGCCGUCACCUCCAGAUGUUAGUCACUUCCUGCGCAGCUUCAGCCCCGCAGGGUUCAGGUGAGGUCUUCCUCCUCCAGCUGCUGCCGGCAGGAGCUCCAGCAGCAGACAGAUGUUCUCAGCUCGCCUCAAACAGCCGCUCUGUGCCAUGGGGCCCGGUUCUUCCUGCUGAAAUGGACCUUUGGUUCCUGAGGCUCAGCCUGGUCCUCUGGAGCCUGACGGCCCGCCUGGCUGUGCUCCCCCUCGAAAUCUCAGUGAGACACUUUGAGCUGGAACCAUGCAAGGGAAACGAUCGCGUCUGUGUCACCAACCCGAGGGACUGCGAACAUCUACCGCAUUCAUCUUCACAGGAGAGGCUGAACAUGUCCUGCUACUACCAGGAGAGCUCAGACGGAGUCAGGUCUGUGAGCUGCAGCUGGAGUCAGGACUCUGAGUCUGAGGCCUCUCUGGUCUUCACCAGCCAGUCUAAAAUCUACUCCUGCCGGGGCAUCUUCAACCCAGCAGCCAACCUCAGUGUGAGGGCCAGGAUUAGGAGCUUCCUGCCUGGGGCGGACGUCUGGUCUCAGCCUCAUUGGAUGGUUCUGUUUGAUGCAGUCAAACCCUUCCCGCCUGUUUUAACGCUCACUGAUUCCUCCGCGGACUCACUUGUCGUGUCGUGGAAGAGCAGCGUGAACGGCAGCUGCAGACUUCGUUACAGACUCAACGACACUCGCACAUGGAUCGAGGUUUCACAUCUCAUUCCCGCACCUAAAGGUCAGAAUCUGAGCUACACGAUCACAAACCUCCUGCCUUUUACGGCGUACAAAGCUGCUGUGGCCUGCAGGACGGGGUCCAAUAUCUGGAGCGACUGGAGCUCAGACACAACUGUCCAAACUCUGGAUAGAGUUCCUUCCAGUCCUGCAGAGACGUGUUUCAGAGUGGAGAAAACAGACAAUGACGGCUCGCUCCUCCUUCACCUGUGGAUGGCCUCUGAUCCUGGGGAGUCGGCGGGUCGGGUCCUCGGAUACCAGGUUUGGGUUCAUCCACAGGAACACGUUCAGAACAUCACAGAGACGACUGCGAUCCUAGUGGUGAAGGAGGGGAACUACACCGUCACGGUUCGGGCCUUCAACACAGCCGGUUUUGGACCUGCAGCACGUCUUCAAAUCGACACACGAACCCUGAUCCCUCUGCCCUCGGUGAGAAACUUGUGGAUUUCCAGCGAUUAUUCUGAAAACAACAGGCUCCACGUCCAAUGGACCGCUCCGUCCUCCGUCCUGCCUGGCAGCCAUGUUGCUGUUCGGUGGCGCUCUGAGAGGAAUCCGUCCACCAGCCGAUGGCUUAGAGUCCACGGUUUCACCUCUGCUACCCUCACAGGUGUGGACCAUGACGAGUCGUACCUGGUCAGCGUGUUCAUCGUCUCCAGCCAGCAGUGCGGCCCGCCUCAGACUCUGGCAGCCAGCCUGCAGCACGGCGCUCUGAUGGAGCCCACCGGGCUGAAGGUCGUCAGCGUCACUAAAACCACGGUGACCGUCACGUGGGCGUGGCACAGGACGUCUGGAUCCAGAGUGGAGAGAUACAGAGUGAUGCUGCGGAGCAACGCUGACAAACAAACUCUGUCGUUGUGGCCGGACCAACAGCAGCACACCUUCUCCAACCUGACCCCCAGCACCGACUACGCUCUGCUCCUGUUGGCCGAUCAUGUUCCCACAACCAUCGUCCCUGUGGCCACUUAUUUUGACGAAGUUCCUGCGGUGGCGACGGCGACUCCUCUGCUGGUGCUGCUCGUCAUGAUGAUGAUCGUCUCCGUCCUCUCCAGAACCCUAUACAAGUCGUACUUCUUCCCUCCCAUCGCCGACCCACGCAGAAGCACCGCAGGGCAGUGGCUGCAGAACCCAAACAUGAAGAAACGUGCAGAGAGGAGCUUCCUGGACAUCGCAGAGUUCCAGGUGAACGACGUUCUGGGAGGGAAGCAUCUCCUCCUGGUCGGCCCAAACCAUCAGCUUUCAUCAGAAGAUCCGCUCGACCACAGAUCUCCACAGUCCAUCUGUGACCUCUUUGUCCACCUGGCAGCUGGCAAAGCGGACCCCCCCGGUGACCCUGACCUCGGAGCAGCCACGGGCCAGCAGCUGAUCUCCCUCCAGUCGGUCUUAACCUCCGAGGACAUCGAAGGAACCGACGUUCCUCUGCUGCUGCGACACCAGGAGACCAGCUGCUCCCCUCAGACGGAGGAGGACACGCGUCCCACAUCAGAUCCUCAGUCUGCUGCGACGUUUCAGCUUUCAGAACUCAUGGCCGACUUCCUGAGAGAAGCUGAAGCAGCGACCGGACCCUACCUGACCUAUGAGGUCGAAUAUUUAACCAACGGCUGCUUCAGAGCAGAACCUACAGCUGGAGACGAGACCAACAUCAGUCCUGUGUCCACCUCGGCCUGAAAUACUGCCCCCUAGUGGCGGUGAAAUCCACAACAAACCAAAGCUACAUCCUGACCGCAUGCAAUGUAAGACAUUAAAGGGGACAUUUCAUGCUUUUUAUUCUCUUCCUUUUUAUAUUGAAAACAUUCAGUUGUGUUCUAUAUAAAGUGGAAAUGCAAUGCUUUGGUCUGAAUUCCUCGUUGCUGUCCCCCCACAGCCCCUCUUUUACCCCCGUACUGAGACGCGUCUGUCAGCAACUUGUUUUGGUGCCGUCUCUUUAAAUCUGAAGGUCAAAAUCACCAAAAAAAAUAAUCACCAAAAGGAAUUAUGUGGGUUAGCACACCAAACAUUUUCAUUGGUCCACCUGUAGCUUUAGCAUCCUUCAGCUUGAACUACAAAAUCACAGUGAAAAAUAUAAAAAUGGGGAAUUUAGGGAAUGGGUUAGCCAGAGGUCCAUGACCUUGUUUUAUUAUGUAUACUGUGAUGUAACUGUUAAGAAAAACUGACUAGAAAACAGAGAAAAGUGAACAAACUGAAAAAUCUGACCCACCUACUUUUCUGCACUUUUAUAGGGACUCCAAGUACACAACAAAAAUGUAUUUAAAGGCUAUUUGGAUGAUAUGUGCCCUUAAAACCAAAUGUAACAAAAAAAAAAAAGAUCCUGCCAACAAGCUGGAAGAGGAAAUGUUCUUAUUUAAAAUCUUUUCAGUUGUUUACAGAGCAAACUUCUGUAAUAUCGGUUUAAAUUUGAAGAAGAAAAUUGUUCUAGGACGUGAAAUAUUAUGAAAACAAAAUUCAGAAAAGAAAAUGUUUAACUGUAUUAGAGAAAAUGUUAAAACUGAGGAAUGCCAAUGACUUUUAAGAGUUGCUUCCGUCAAAUUUAAACUUAGGACAACCAGACAGCUUCUGAAACAUUUUUGUAAAGAUGUUAUUUGCCAGUUUUGUUUUAUUAAACUUUUUAUAGC